AUGGAGAAGCGUGACAAGAUGCUCGGCUUCGUCGAAUCCAGCGUUGCCGGCACGCCUUUGGAGCACCUCUACUCCUACCUGCCCCACUCGGUAGUCAAUCUGACGGCUAUCUUCACCGCUUUCAUGACCCUGCUCGGGCUCGCUGCCGCCCUCAGCAAGAAGGUCCGCGACAUUCUCGUGUUCAGCUACACCUGCUUCCUCCAGCCCCUUGGCAAGACCACCAGUCAGGCACAACGCCUCGACAAGUUCUACCAGCACCAGGCAAAUGUCUACGACUCUACUCGCUCUGGCCUCCUCAAGGGACGCAGGACCAUGCUCAAGCUAUGCGCCGCCCAGCUGCGUGACAUGCAAGCUUCCAACCCGGGCAAGCCGCUCGUCUGGGUCGAUAUCGGCGGGGGUACCGGAUGGAACAUCGAGCAGAUGAACGAGUACUUCCCCAUCAGCCAGCUCUCGCAGGUCUAUCUCAUUGACCUCUGCGAGCCUCUGCUCGAGGUGGCGCGCAAGCGCUUUGCCGCCAAGGGCUUCAACAACGUUCAGGUACUCUGCCAGGAUGCAAGCCAGUUCAGCAUGCCUGGCCUUGCUCCGGAGCAGAAGGUAGACCUCUUCACCUGCAGCUACUCCAUCUCGAUGAUUCCUCCUUUCUACGCCGUGCUCGACCGUAUUUAUGAUUUCCUCGACCCCGUCACGGGCGUCUUUGGUGUCGUGGACUUUUACGUUUCAGGCAAGACCACGCCUACCGAGAAGAGCCCCUGGAUUGGCGGCGACACUCGACGUCAGUGCGGCUGGCUCAGCCGCUGGUUCUGGAGCAUGUGGUUCUCGCUCGACCAUAUCGAGCUCCACCCAGCCCGCCGCGACUACCUCGAGCACAAAUUCGGCACCAUCAAGUGCUUCAACGGCCGCAACAACUUCAUCGUCCCCUUCAUCGUACGCAUCCCCUACUACAUCUGGCUCGGUGUUUCGCGUGAGCGUGACACGCUCAAGGCGAUCCAGGCGUUCGAGGUCGAGUCGGGCAACCGUGUCGUUGUGCCUCCUUCGUUCCCCGAGCUCGCCUACCUCCACGCUGGAAACGAGGACUCCAAGGCUAGCAGCGCGACGGCCACUGCAGUCGACGGCGACGCUACCUUUGACUCGACUCGCAGCCUUCUGCGACGAAGGGUGUCUGAGGCUACCACCGACAGCGAUGCUGACUCGGACCGUCCUCUCAAGCUCGACCUUGGACCCCACUUCCCGCUGAGCUCGUUCCACUACCAGAAGCGACAGUGGCGUCUUCCCUUUGUUGACAACGAGUUCAGCGACAUGUUCCGCACUUGGAUCUAUGGCUUUACCUGGGAGGACCCUUACGUCGACAUGGAGCAUCUCAACUUGGGCCGCGAUGACUCGAUCCUCUGCAUCACCUCGGCGGGCGACAAUGCUCUCCACUACGCAGUUGCAGGCAAGCCGCACAGGAUCCACGCUGUCGACAUGAACCCGUGCCAGGGUCACCUGCUCGAACUCAAGCUGGCCUGCAUCGCCUCCCUCUCAUACGACGAAAUGUGGCAGAUGUUCGGCGAGGGCCGCAUCGACAACUUCCGCGAGCUUCUCGACUCCAAGAUCUCGCCCUUCCUCUCGUCGCACGCCUACCAGUUCUGGAGGCUCAACACGCACGCCUUUGACAAGGCCUUCUACUUCCGCGGCUACUCGGGCCAUGCGCUUCGCCUCGCCAAGUUCGCCUUCACCGUGACGGGUGUGCGUCGCUGGGUCGAGAAGAUGUGCACGGCCAACUCGGUCGAGGAGCAGCAGGAUGUGUGGAACCGCAAGCUUCGAUCGACGCUGAUCAACAAGCCGCUCAUCCGCCUCUUCCUCUCGAACCCUGCCUUCCUGUGGAAUGCGCUCGGCGUCCCGAUGAACCAGUACCAGAUCUUCCUCGACGAGGGUGUGUCGGCGGAGCAGUUUGCCAUCGACACGCUCGACUCGAUCCCGAGCCGAAGCCUGAUCAAGAACGACAACUACCACUACCAGCUCUGCCUGAUGCACAAGUACACCAAGCAGAGCUGUCCGCUCUACCUCAAGCCAGACGGCUUUGCUGCGCUCAAGAAGCAGGCGCUCCAGGAUGGCCUCGACUCGUUCCGUCUGCACACCGACUCGAUCGUCAACGUGCUGCGUGGCUUCGAGGAUGGUGCGCUGACCCGGGCCAUCACCAUGGACCACAUGGACUGGUUCGACCCCGUUCCUGCUUCGCGCCCCGCACCCACGCUCAAGCAGGCGCGCAAGGACUCGGACAAGUCGGUUUCAGACCUCGACCGCGAGGUGUGCGAGCUGUCCCGUGUUGUUCGUCCUGGUGGCGCGGUCUUCUACCGCAGUGCCGCCAAGAAGCCGUGGUACAACCAGCGUUUCGAGAAGAUGGGCUUCAAGGUCGAGCCCGUCCACAUCCGCGAGACCGGCAAGCCCAUCGACAACGUCAACAUGUACGCCAGCUUCUACAAGGCCACGCGCCUGUAG